AUGUUUUAUUCUGUUUUAUUUUUCAUAGCUCUCACAACACUAGUUUUUAUAACUUUUAUACUUCUAAACAAAUCCUAAUUAUAAUUUGAAGAGAAAUUAACUUCUAAAACUAUUAUUAUAGGACUUUUUGCACUUGUUGUAUUAAUGAAUUAAAUUUAAUUGAUGAGUCAAUUCAAAUAAACUAAUAAACUUGCCAAUAUUUUUAGUGAAUUAGAUUUGAUAGAAAUGCCAUCUAAUACAAAUAUUUAAGAGCUUAGUGUUCCAUUUAAUAAAACUAAAGGAAUAUAUUUUACUAAUAAUACUUUACCAUUUAGUCUAUAAUAAUAAUUAGAGAAUACAUAAAAACCUUAUUUACAUAUUAAUUUUGAUCAUUAUUCAGCAUUAAAUAUUGAUACCAUUUAUUUAAAUAAGAAAAUGAGUUAAUUAUAAAAUGAAUUACUCAAAUAAUAAUCAUAGCCAGCUAUCUUACUUAUUAAAAUAGAAUCAUUUAAUUAAGAAUUCUUUGAAUAUUUAGAAUAAAUCUUUGAAUUAAGUGAAUGCACUUUAAUUUUAUAUGGAUCUCAAAUUUAACAAAUCAGACAUAUUUGUAAUUAUAUUGAUUCUUAUUAGAAGUGCCAUCCUUUUUUAGAUUUUCAUAGUAAUUAGUAAUUUGA